UUUUGGGGUCCCUGAGUUUGUGUCCUUAUCUCCAACCUUUUUGUCUUUGUUCCUUUCCGGUCUGGUUUCUACUUCUUACUUCCUUUUUCAAACCCUCUCAUCACUACUCUCAUGUCUUCAACUUCUUCUUCUUCUUCUUCAUCAUCACCUCAACUUGCAUCUUCUUCAAAUGUUGACAACAACAAUAACAAUAAUAAUAAUAAUAACAACAUUCUUGGUGGUCCUAGCAAUGAAAUAUUUGAAGCACCUUCUUCCUCUCGUCAACGUGCUAUCAAUGAAGUUUGGCCUGCACCUGUUGUUGAAUCAUUAGCUACUCAAGUUGCCAUUGAUUCUUCUCUUUUUCAUGGUCCUCUUUCUGCUGCUUCUGCUCUUUCCAUUAUUUUUCAGGUUUGUUCUACAUGGAGAGAAGUGUCGCGCUCGAAUCUACUGUGGGAGGAGCUCACGAGACGCAUCUGGCGCAGAACCUAUCAAUUAAGAGACACGUGGCAUCUAGAGUACAUCUACUGGCAUCGAACGGCUAGGAACUUCAGCACUGGUACACACGCCUUAGUGGUCCCACAAUACGACCCUGGCGAUCACCAUCAAACCCUCAUCUGCCGUUGCCUCACUCUCUCCGACACCCACCUCGCUUGCGGUUUCGUCGACGGCACCGUUCGUUUAUUCGAUCUCAUCACCGGCGCACACGUCACCACUUUCUGGUCCACCCACGGUCAUCUAUUCGGCCCCUUCUCACAAUCUGUUUCGGGAAUCGUAAUUGCAAAUGAAAAUUCUACUCUCGCAUUUGCAAGGCUGGAUGGAGAUGUAUACGUGGCAAUUCUUAAUGGGCCUGUACUUGGGCCCGGGCCCGGGCCCAUCCUUGCACGACGCGCAAUCCUUGGUGAUGUUGUUAACAACGGAGUGUUGGUAGAAUUUGCUGGCUGUCGCCUAUGGUGGGUGGGCUUAUUUGCGGGCCAUGCGGGUGGAGCUUUUCAAAUAUGGAACGCUCAAACGGAACAGCGUGUGUUUAUUGGCGGUUCAUUAACUGACCCGGAAACGGUUCAAGGAUGGCAUAUGUUAACCGAGUUAGUUGAACCGGUGGGUCGAGUACGAGUAACGGAAGGGGAAUUUGUAGUGGCGUGCACGAGUUCGAGGUUGGUUAGUUUCAACUUGAGAAACCCAGAGGUUUUAAUACGUGACGUGGGGUCCACAACGGGUUUCGUGGUGGGUUCGUUGGAUGUUAGCCACGAGGUAUUUGUGAUAGUGGAGAGGAAUGGGGUGGGGACAGUAAGGCGCGUGUGUACAUUUGAGCGCGUGAGUAGGUUUAGAUUAAGAAGUUCAUGGUUGAGGGGUUUGUUAGGGUGCAUGAACCUGGGAUACGUUAUAACAUAUUCUGGUAGUGCUGGUUUGUUGAGAGUGUGGGACAUACAUGAACCUGCGGCGCGGUUGUGUGUAACAGUUGGUGUUACAGAUGAGGGUCAUGUUCAUGCUAAUGCUAACAGCAUGGUUGCUAAUCGAACUCACGUCGCUAUCUCAUCUAAUGACUCUUCUAUACACUUAUUGGAUUUUAGUGUACAGUAAGUACCAUAGUAUUCGUAUAAUAAGAAUUUAUUAAUUACCCAAUUUCAUGAGGAGGAGGAGGAGGAGGAGGAGUAUUACUACCCUCACAUUCAUUUAAACUUUAAAUUCCUUUUUGUAUCUAAUCUUUACAAAAAAUAUCACAUCUAUUGUUAUUGUU